AGUAAGUACAGUUGUCAGUUGCUCUGGCAGCGUCGCUUCAUUCCCUCCUUCUUGCGGUUCCCAACGGUUCCCUCACCAAACCGACUCUGGAGAACGUCGAGAUCACCCCCAAGUCGCCGUCGGUAUAUUGGAACUCACGCCGCAAUUGGACAUGCUUGACAUCGAAUUCUAUGGACCGUGCGAUCUCAUUCUCAUCUUGCAUACAUUGCACUUUUCAUAGUGGACUAUAUGAUACAGCAACCAUGUCAGUUUAUGGAUAGUAUAUUAAUAUUCUUCGAUGCGGUGUCUACAAGAUGGAGCAGCCAUGUCCUCAAGCCCACCGCUAUCGACGACGAGAUCGCCGACCCGGCACCGGACAUGCUGACACCACCUAGUUGGGGAUUGACCGUACAACAGCACAUCGAGGCUUUACAAAAAUUCUCGAUAUUGUGUACGUCAACUUUGUCUCUGAAAGCAGAACUUAAAGCCAAUAUCGUUGUUUCUGUGUCUAUUGGUUGCCUAAUACAAACGCUGUGUAUAAAUAUUUCCGUCGAACUUAUCAACAUAAACAAAUGUCUAUCAGGGAAAUACUGCAAAGCGAAGACGCCCGCAGGAUCACUUCAAACGCAGCCUAGCCUGGCAGCACACCAACCAGGCUUCUUCUCGAGAGAAAACCACUUUCCUCGCACAGAAAAAGCCAGAGACUUGGCCUCGAAGACCGCUGUGUGCUGUCCGUAUCCAGGAGUCGCUCUACGACCCAGAAACACAAGGCCACGAACAAUACACUCACCCCACAGUGACUCUUCACCCAUCAUCAUCGACGUCGUUCAUGUCCCAUAUCCUUGAAGGAUUCGCGUCCAAAAAUCUCGAGGUCAAGGCAAGCAGAUCGUGUUCCACCACCAGGCUGCCUUGGAAAUCGAUGCGUGGAUGCUUCAAGUUUCUCAACUGAGGGAUUUCCUUGGUUCUACUCACUUUCGUGAGUCGACUGCUAGUCGUUGAAUUACAUGGUACAGGGUGCAGCUAAUAGAACAGAUAUAGUAUAUUUCCAUAGGAGAAAUUUCUCUUGUAAG